AUGACCAGCCCACCGUCAAUUCCAACUUUCGAAGAAUGGAGGGAGAAGCACAAGGAAACACCGCAAAGCACGAGGCGCUCAAAACGAAGCCAUGGCAAUGUCUACAACCCCUUCUCUGAGCCUCUGCCUGGCCACAAGUUCUUUCGGUUGGAUCGCAAAGCCAUUGACAAGGGGUUUAACAAGAUCUCAGCAGCAGUACUCGAGACUCUUUCAGGAGCAAGGCCACAAGACAAGCAACUCGCAGCCGUACAAUCACUCGCUCGUCGUCUGCAAACCGUCAUUGUCCCGGAGACAUUAGAUGUCGCCGUCGUGGGAGAGCAAGGUACGGGAAAGAGCCUUGCUAUCAAUGCCUUGCAGCACAGGCCGAGGUUGUCGACGACAUCUGCCAGCGGCGGCGCAUGUACGGCUUCGGCUAUCAGAUUCUGUUACAAGCCAGAUGCUCCCGAAUUUGCCGACAGCUUUGAUGCGAAGAUCAAGUUCAUGAGUGACGAAGAGUUGACCGAGAGUAUCCAAGAGCACAUCGAUCGCUAUUACCAUUUCCACUUCUCCGGCAAUGUGGAUGAAGAAACGUAUUUCGAAGAUCAGCGUGUAGCUAAAGAUGCUGGAGCCUUUUUCAACGUGCUGCACAAUGCGAAGUAUGAUCGUGAAGCCGCAUCCCAGCUGAAUACUCUUCUCACGGCCGACAACAUCAAGGGCCAAAACCUUCUGAAUGCCACAAUGGCGAUGGCCCAUAGACGCAUCGACGAAACGAGUUCGCAUUGGUCAACGACCGAGGAGCGAACGAUAGUGUUCAAGGACCAGACGAUCAAGAUCUUGAUGGAAGAGGUGGAAAAGUACAUGGCCCGGUGCCCUUCUAUGCCGUCAUUAUGGCCUAUUGUGCAAAGCCUGGAUAUUCUUCUCUGGUCUCUUCUGGCAAAGCACGGUGUCAAUCUUCGCGACCUGCCUGGCUUGAACGAUGAGAACCAAAUACGCACAGCAGCUACAAAUACGUUUCGACGUAAGGCUGGUUACGAAAUGAUUUUCGCUAGGGCAGACCGGGUAACUACCGAUGCCAAUGUACACAGGUACAUCAGACAGUCUAUCAAGGCUCAUGGGGCAAAAGCGACGAUCCUGAUUCUGACGAAGAAAGAUGAAUACCUCUUGGACACCAAUUCAGUGGAAAAUGUCAUAACAACACACAUGGCCGAACCAUUCGUUACCAUUCGAAACCACCUAGAUUCGAAUGCAAACACGAUGGCGGGAUUACCGGAGGACGAUGAAGCUGCCGACGCAGAGUACGAUGAUCGCCAGGCUUACCAGGCUCAUCUAGAAAACAUCGCAAAGCUCGCGUUCAUCGAACAUCGUGCUGCAGACGUAGCGGAGGAGAUGAAAGCAAAGUUCAAAGAUGUGGAUCCAAACCCUAUCUCAGUCUUCUCUAUCUCCGCUUCCAUGUACAUUGAGUGGAUGAAACAGGGUCGCUUGAAACAGCCCCUGAUGUCCCCCAAAGAGACAGGUGUACCUGGCGUUCGACAAUACCUGCUACAGCUCUGUGCUGAACCGAAUCUCAAAAUCUACAAAGACCAUGCCUUCGACAAGAUGGACGAUCUUCUAAACAAGUGUCGGGGUAUUGCCGACGUAGAAAAGAAAGACGAAGGCUAUGCUCUAUUGCGCGCUCGCUUCGCCGAGGUAGUUGCCGAUAUUCGCGAGCGAUUCGCGCGCAUGUUCAACGAGUUCAUCGAAUACAUCAUCGAAAGGGUUUUUGAUGAUGAAGGCGAGAAGCAAGCGCGCAUGAAAGAGCUUCUGCGAAUUGUGGAUGGGUGGGGAUACGGCUCGCAGUGGAACACUUACCGAGCUUGUCUGAUGCGAAAGGGCAUUGGCUGGUCUGGAGCUGCGAAGUAUAAGAAUACCGAGAAUCCGACCGGUAGGUACAACUGGAACGAAGACCAGGGCAACGUGAUCCUUGAAGACAUGAAUGAUUGGAAGGACCGAAUGGACGGCGCAGUUGAGACGCUUGCACAAGAUCUCGACGAGACUAUUGAUUCAGUUUGCCAAGACAUUCAGAAGUGCAUCGAGACAUCAUCUCUCCCUCCGAAACUCCGCGACGACGCCAUCAAACAGUGGGAGGGGUGCCAGAAGAAGGUCUGGAAUGUCGAAUUGUAUGAGAAUUUCUAUGACGCGGUGAAAGCCACCCACCAGUACGCCACCACUGAGACGGACGUCCGCUGUAUGAACGCAAAACUCAACGUGGAAUACUACAAGCGCGUCUACGACAUCGAUACCUGGUCCCAGGGCAAGUUUCCGCAUCGGUUCGCCGCGCAGAAGAUCAAGAUGCACGACCUAAUGAGCAACCCUGACGAGCACGGCCGAACCCUCAUCGACAGAAUCGAGCACGCCGUCACACGGCAGUCGAAGAAGGACCUCAGAGGCGCCUUCGACGAAUUCCUCGUUGAAGUCAUGAAGAAUAUUGAGGCCUUCGACGAGCACAUCAGUGACCGCGCACCCCUGGACUACAAACUGACAGAUGCGGACCGCCAGCUACGCGAAGAUAUAUUGAAGCGUAUUCCGGAGCUGGAGACUAUGGUUGAGGUUGUUCGCGCCAAGUUCAGCGACGAAGCGCUGCUCACAGAGCAGGUUGAGCUAUCUACGAACCAUAGUAAGGAGGGCGAGCCAGCGCAGAAGAAGAUGAAAGUUGAGGCGGAUGACUAG